ACCAUUCAAAUUCCCUAAAUUUGAUGUUCAAUAAUCAACUGAUUUUCGUUAUUAUUAAUUGAUGAUAAUGGUUUUUAUUUGUUUAAGUUAAACAGUCGUGAGUUCAAUUAAUAAAGACUUUCUAUGGAAAUUGAGACACUUAAAUGAAUUUUGAAGAAACAACAUUCAUUUGAUACAAGAAAAUAAACAAAAAUGAGGAUCGGAUGAUGAUUGUUAUUUCCUGAGUUUAUUUGUAAGCCAAAUAGUAAUCUAUCGUUGAUUAUUAAACUUUAUACAGCUAAUUAUACAGCUUCAGCAAAACUUUAUUUUUCUUUUCAUGAAAUUUGAGUAAUGCUUUAGUCAAAAAUCUCUUAAGCAAUUAAGAAAAGUACAAUUAACAUGAACUGAUGAGAAAAUAACUUUCUAGUCUCGACAUAACCCGUUGCUUAUUACACUCCAGUAUCUUCUAAGUCGCCAUCAACCACUUAAAUCUAUCAAAUUAUGACAUACGCAUUGAUAACAUGGGUCGAUGUAAUUUUGAUAAUGAAUUAAAUUUUGUAAAAGCUCAACAAGAUGAGAGCAUGAAAUAAUGAAAAAUUUCGUCAAUUUCUAACUCAACUCUUUUCCGUAAUAUUUUACUCUGUGAAUUUUUUAUAUUGUUGAGCCGUUUGCUUUUACAUUAUCCUCGCCUACAGUGACUUCAUGCCACAAUGGAUGUUCAAGAAGACGCUUCAUCGCUUUUACUGCGUGCUUAUAAGAAUGGCAAGUGGAGCGAUAUAACCAUUAUGAACGGAGAUAAGAAGUAUCGACUCCAUAAACAUAUUUUGUCGGAUGUGAUUCCUUAUUUUUCUAAAAUGUUUUCUUCCGGACUCUCAGAAUCAACAAGUCAAGUAAUCCAACUUGACCAUCCGCCGAAUGUGUUCGAUCUUAUUAUCGAAUGGGCUUAUUGUUCAAAAAUAAAGAUAACAAAAGAGAAUGCUGUUGACUUGUUCCAUCUAGCUGAUUACAUGAAUAUACCUAAAUUAACAACUGUUUGUUUGAAUUUCUUAUGGAACAACUUCUCUGAUUAUCCGUUCAUAGAUGUUGGUCACUGGAUAAAUCAAAUUGCUACGGAAGAAGUGCACAAUGUUAUUGAUGAAUAUAUUCGUUCAAACUUCUUGGACAUUGUGAAUACAGAUUCGUUUCUUGAUUACGAUGCUGAUACUGUUGCUCAUAUGAUCAGUUUGCAUGACUUGAAUAUUGAUAAUGAGAUUGAAGUUUUUGAUGCUAUCAUAACAUGGAUACAAAAGAGUGUUGAAAGAAGGUCUCAUCUUGCAAAAUUGCUCAAGAAGAUUCACUUGUCUGAUAUCAAUGGAGUUCAGUUCAUGAACAGAAUCGAUAAGUUACCUUGGAUUGAGACGUGUGACCAGUUUCGCCCCGUUAUCAUGGCUGCUUUAGAGCUCAGUUUUUUCAAAUCAUUGAAGCAGAUAUAAGUUAAAGACGUAAAUUUCAAGCAUCGUUUUUUAUCUGCUCGUUUUCACUAUGCUAUCUAUAGAAAUACUGAUUCAUCCAUAAUAGCUCAUAAUUUCAAUGGAAAAUAUGGCAACAUUAUUUUUUCUGAAAAUCGUUCUCUUCCAACAGCUAAUUUUGGUGAUUCAUAUAUAAGUGAACAUAAUAUGGAUUCUGAUGUGGUUAUUAGAAUUGAUUGGAAAAAUAAAACUUAUCGUUUGUUCAAAAGUUCCGAUGGUUACUGCUACACUCUUUUGUUUGAGCGUUUAUUUCAAUUCAAUAGAAAUGACAGAAAAGUUAAUUUUUGGAAAGGAGAACGACUUAUUGAAUUCGGACGUUUAUCCGGUGACAAUACUUCUAGUCAAUCGACCUUCACUGUAACCAAGCAUAAAGGAGGCAUUUGUUUAUCGAGCAUCAAUCCAAUCCAAACAAUUCGCUUACCAAUCCUUGAUAGCUCAAGCGUAUUAGUCAUUCAGCAUCGCGACCCAAAUCACAGGCAAUACAAAUUGACAAUUACGAAAUGUACUCCGCCCGGAAAUAAGUUCGAUGUUGUUGCAAGUCAUGAAAUUGUUUCAAAAGAAUCUAUAAAAAAGCUGAAAAGUACAACCUUUGAUGACUUGUUAGUAAUAUUUGUUGAUAAUUUACUGAUCCUUUCAUACGAUUUUCAAAAAAAUAUCUUUAAAGAACAUAAAAUCAGUGAUUCCAAUGGCAAUAGCCCGUGCUUCCUGCAUUUUCACUCUGUUGGUCCAAGAUUGUUGAUUUUCAAUAAUGGACAUGGACCCCCAAAUAGACAAGGUUUUAAACUUGAUGAUGGAGAACUGUCUCGUUGGCCCGAUUCCAGUGAAUUAUAUUCCAAUAUUGUAUCCAAUUCGAAUCUAAUUGGUUUUAUUACACUUGAUGCGGAACACAAUGCUAAGUUGCAUGAUUAAUAGUUUAAGUCGAAUAUAUUUAUAAGAUUUAAGUUAAAAUUAAAUUGAUAAAUGCAUUUUUGAUCAAUUUUUACAUUAAAAAGAAAUAUUUUACAAAGAA